GGACGACAAUGAGGAACGGCACGCACCGCACUUCCGUUGCCCAUGACGCCGGAUCGAAGUUGUGACAGCUGAGUGUCCAUGUCAGUGCGAACCCACCGGGAGCCUCCAGGUCCUGCGUGUGCGUGAGAGAUCCAGGGUCGGACGCGCCCGCGACUGUCUCCGGCUACAGACGGCGCCUCGAACACAGGAGGGCGGGUUGAUUAUGGUGUAGCACGGAGCGCUAGCUCUGAGACAGCAGGACUUUGAGCAGCAGUGCAGCAGCGUGGGGCAGACCGAGGCAGACCACAACGGCGUAGCCAUGCUUACAUUGGCCAGUAAACUGAAGAGGGAGGAUGGAGGAAAGACGGGACGUGCCUCUGGAGCCUCCGACUCCACCCACAGAAUCUCCAUCAGAGACCGCCUCCUUACCAAAGAAGUUGCAGAACUUGAAGCCAAUCUCCCCAGUACAUGCAAAGCCAGUUUCCCUGAUGAAGACCAGCUGCAUCAUUUUCAGCUGGCAGUGUCUCCUGACGAAGGUUACUACCAAAGUGGACGGUUUCAGUUUGAAAUCAACGUUCCCGAAGCCUACAACAUGGUGCCUCCUAAAGUGCGAUGUCUGACCAGAAUAUGGCAUCCUAACAUCACAGAGAACGGAGAGAUCUGUUUGAGCUUAUUGCGGGAACACUCUAUUGAUGGUACAGGCUGGGCCCCCACUAGAACAUUAAAGGACGUUGUCUGGGGAUUGAACUCCUUGUUUACUGACCUGUUGAACUUUGACGACCCGUUGAACAUCGAUGCGGCAGAACAUCAUCUGAAGGACAAGGAGGAUUUCCGGACUAAGGUUCAAGAUUACAUCAAGCGCUACGCCAGAUGAUAGAAGCACCAACAUCGGCCUGCAACAAUCAACCAAACUACUCUACCUUGCCUCUGCUUAUCUUGGCCAACUUCCCGAUGUGUGUGAACCCACAGCUGACUCUGUGACACUUACGACUCCCCCCCCCCCCUCCUCUUGACACCUCGCGCGUCUCCGUUCACCCUAUUGCAAUAAUCACCAUCUUGCAGGAACAAAAAAAAAAAAAGAGAAAAAAGAUGUGUGGCUAAGAAAAGACUUGCAUACAAAAGAAGUUUAUGCUUUGAUUAUCCUAAAGAGUUGAGUUUCACAAUGACCACAAUGUCUUCAUGUGGAAAGAUCGCCAGUCGGAAAUGAGCCAUGGCAACGAGUGGGACCUGGUGCGAAGAUUCACUAGCGCAAAAUAAAAUUAAGCUAUUUUAAAAUUUGAUGAAUCAUGAGAAAGAAUAUGCUACUAUCAAUUCUCUGUUCCAGUGCCUGCCAUGUUUGUGUUGCUAAAGAGAAAAUGCAUGUGAGUUCACAAGCACACACACACACGCACACGCACACGCACACACACAGAGACACGCACACAGACAGAGACACGCACACAGACACGCACAGACACAGACACUGUCGCAUUCUGUGAGAAGACGUGAAUAUAUGUAUAUGCAUUUCUUGUCUGUUAAAUACACACACACACUCAAGUUGAACAGCCUUCAACCCCCUGCCCCACUAGACAGCAUGUGAAUGACCACAUUGUCCCGUUGAGUUGUUAUUCUCGCAUGUACACACACAUACACAAACACACACAGACACAAUUAUUUUGUAUUUUCAGCCCCAGUGGGAUAAAGUACUAUUACUAAAACCACAGCCAAAUGUAUUGUACUAUGUUCAGCGAUCAUCUCUGUUCCUCUAUUCUCCUUUUACUGUCUUUUGUCUUUCCUCCAUCCCUCCGUAUUUCUGUUUCACACACACACACACACACACACACACACACACACCCGUCGAACGCACGUUCUUCCCAUUGAGGUUUGUUCAUACUUGCAGUGCAAUCCUUGACAGUGACAUAGUUUCACAUGACAGCUUUGUACCCAAGCACUUUGGGUUUUAAACUGACUCUGGGUUUAAAGUACUGAUUCAGAUUUAAAGGUGUUUUUUUGUUUGUUUUCAGCCGUUAACCUACCAGUCUGGCACAAACGUUUCAAGUUCACCAUUCAUUUUGCAAUAGAAAUGUUUUUUUCCGUUCCUAUUUCUAUCACUUCUUUCCUUCUGCCAAAGUUGCGACGCCAGCCCCGAACCAACCUCUUGCAAAGUGUCACAGGCUGUCAUGUCACUGUGCAUUACCGAGGCACUGUAGCAUCCAGUGUGUCCUGGAGAAGUAGCUCCUCUGCUCAGAGGGCACAUCAUAACCUUUUGUCUUAUAAACAUAACAUUUACUGAAGCUCUUGGCAAGCGACCAUCACCACCACCCACUCCUGACAAGAAACAACAUUCGCUGGCAGAGGAAACUUACCACCAGCACUUUUAAUUUGACAUCUAUCACAAAUUAACCGUUCUGGAAUUGUGAGUCCCCCCAUGCUUCAUGGACACAAUGUGAUUCUGCAUUUGAACAUGAACUUUAAGCAGCAAUAAUCACUACUUGUAUAACAAUAUUGUAUCAGUUGAAAAUAAGAACACAGAAGAAAGAAUUGUCAGUGGCGUCUGCAGCUCUGGGAGCUUUUCUCCCUCAGCACCAUUUAAUCAAGUCAAUAUGGAAGAUAAACACUGUCAAACUGAAAGUGGGCACUUUAACCUCAUAGUGGUCAUUUCAUUGUACUGCAGUAUGAACUAAAACCAUUCACUGUCUCCAGACUUUAUUCCAUCACUGUACAUGUCCUCUCAUUCUGUGACUAUUUCUGUCUAGAAAGGUCAUACUUGUGUGUGUGUGUGUGUGUGUGUGUGUGGUUGGCUUGGCCCUGGCUCUAGCGUCGUGCCUCCACUCUGAGUUGAACCUGUUGCUAUCGACUUGUCACUCCAUUCAGCUUCUGUCGUCACACGUCUGCAUGAGGCAAAGUCUAUGUAAUCUGCCAGAGGUGCGUUUUUUACUGAGGAUGUCAGAAACUAAUUGUUAAGGUUUGAACUCUUAAUGUUGGAGAUGUGUAAAGACCGAACAUUUGUGCUUGUGGAGUGUGAGCGCGUGUGUGUGUGUGUGAGCGUCAGUAAGACGUGUUGAAAAGAUGUGACUUGUUAGCAUGCUCUGGUUUCCUCUGGCUCCCUCUUUCAUUUCUGUUAUUCUGGCUCGAUGUUCAACAGCUCAAAGGAUUUAGUUUUCGUCGUGAAAGUGAACAGAUCAACAGACAUCGCUGGCCUCCGUCAAAAAUAAAGCACCUGAUGGUUCUGUUGAUGUUAACACGGGCGUUUCAUGGCGUUUCCCCCACAUGCUCCUGGUCCACGCAAUCCUCAAAGGCUAAUGCUACUGCCUAUUUAUUUGAAGCCAUCCUGUUUAAUUGCAGUGACAGCUAAUUGCCUCCAGGGCAUGGUAGCCCAACACUCUUUAUCCUAGCCUUACUAAUGCUCUGACUUUAGCUUCCCUUUAGUUUGGCAGUCAGCGAUGUUGAUAUCUUCCCAGGAUGCUGCUGGGAAAUGUCUCUGCUUGGGCUAACUCCGUCUUUAUGUCCAGGGGAGAAGAUUCACCACCGGUUCUUCUCCAAACCCCUCAACCUUUUUUCUUUCUCAGAUUGUAUAUCCAUUUUUUAAGAUAUAUUAAAGAGAAUAUGAAUAAAGCGAUGUGGCUUGUUUUAUCAUGA